UUAUUUUCCUACAUACACAAUUGUCAUACAACAACAAAAAAAAACAACCACCACAACCACGACUAAAACCAUCAUUAUCCGCUAUGGCACCACCACCUAAUCUCCCGCCACUACCACCACCACCACCUUUUUUCUGGGGCGAAACCCCGGAAGAAGAAUUUUAUAAAUUACACGGUGUUCGCAACACUAAAUUAUAUUACGAAACACCUAAUGGAAAAUUAUUUACACAAUCAUGGUUGCCAAUAGACGAAAGCCAACCUAUUAAGGGAGUCGUGUUUAUGACACAUGGAUAUGGAUCCGACACUAGUUGGUGCUUUCAAAAAAUAUGUAUCGAGUACGCUAAAUGGGGAUACGCCGUUUUUGCUGCUGAUUUACUUGGUCAUGGUCGAUCCGAGGGACUUCAUGGGUACCUUGGAGACAUGGACAAGGUUGCGGCGGCUUCAUUAUCGUACUUUGUUAAUGUUCGAAAGAGUGAUGAAUAUUGUAAACUUCCUGCAUUUUUGUUUGGAGAGUCUAUGGGUGGCAUGAUCACCAUGCUGAUGUAUUUCCAAUCGGAGCCUGACACGUGGACGGGUUUGAUCUUUUCGGCACCACUCUUUGUGAUUCCGGAAAACAUGAUACCAUCCAAGCUACAUUUGACAAUGUAUGGGCUACUAUUUGGGUAUGCGGAUACAUGGGCAGCAAUGCCAGAUAACAAGAUGGUGGGAAAGGCAAUUAGAGACCCCGAAAAGAUGAAGAUAAUAGCAGUGAAUCCAAAGCGGUAUACCGGAAGGCCAAGGGUAGGCACAAUGAGAGAAGUAGUUAGGGUAACGAAUUACAUACAAAACAACUUCGACAAGGUGAAAGCCCCUUUCUUAACGUUGCACGGGACCUCAGAUGUGAUCACAUGUCCCACGGGGUCCCAAAUGUUGUACGAGAAGGCAUCAAGUGAGGACAAGUCUUUGAAGUUGUAUGAGGGAAUGUACCAUUCGUUGAUACAAGGUGAGCCCGAUGAGGCUGCUAACCUCGUGCUGGCUGAUAUGAAGGCGUGGAUAGAUGAAAAAGUUGAGAAGUAUGGACCUAAAGUUAACAAUAAUUAGCUAGCUGAUGUGAAGCAAAAUAUUUAAAUUUGCAUAUGAUACAUAACUAAAAUGAGUUUAUGAGCCUUAUUCCCUUAAUAUCUUCAUCAAAUUGUUAACGUUUGUUUCAAUAUGAGGUAUUACUCUUGGAUGGGUCAAUGCUAAUAUAAUCCUGCUAUUUACAUAA